AUGCUUAGGAAAUCCGGAGUAACUUACACUUCCAUCCGAGAAGGAAUUUACACAGAAGCCUUCCCAGUUCUCCUCAACUGGUAUCCCGAUUCAACCACAGUGCCUCUCCCAGCCGACGGCCCAAUGGCAUUAACCCUACGCUCGGAGCUCGGCGAAGCGACAGCGCGAUUGAUGAUCGCCGGAGGACAUGAAAACGAGAUCGUCCUGUUGACAGCCGAGGACACUAUUCGGCCCUCGGAGAUCGUGGAUAUCAUCAACCAAACGACAGGUCGGGAAGUUAAGUUUGAGCGUGUAUCUCCCGAGGGGUAUAUCCGGAUCUACGGUGAAAAUGAUCGGGGCGGGAAGCCCAAGGCUUUCUUUCAGCAGACUUUGACGUGGUAUGAGGGGAUCGAGAAGGGUGAGUUGGCUACGACGCAUUCAUUGAUGAGGGAACUUUUGGGUAGGGAGCCGACGAAGCCUCGUGAUGCGAUUCAGGGCUUGUUGUUGGAAAACCCUAAUUACACGUGGCAUCAGAAUUAUGUGAAUUGA